CACACACACGCGCGCGCACACACACACACACACACACACACACACACACACACACACACACUGAGGCGGACUUUUACUGUGAAACCCUGCAGCUCCAGCUCUCUCUCCUCUCUCUCUGCUCCGGGACUCAGACAUGCGCUGGAAAAGUGAGGUGCAGGUGGAGUGUUGCGUGGUGGGACAAAGCGAUGAGGGCGCGCCGCUGGAAGUUUUGGAUGAAGACGCGUCGUCGCUGCAGGCGAUGGCCUCCGCGCCUCUGCUGGGCAGAACCGUGUGUGCGAGCUGCAACGAGGAAAUCGUGGAUAAAUAUUUAUUAAAGGUGAACGACCUGUGCUGGCAUGUGCGCUGUCUGUCGUGCAGCGUGUGCCAGACUUCACUUGGCAGCCACAGCAGCUGUUACAUCAAAGAGAAGGAGGUUUUCUGUAAAGUGGAUUACUUUCGGAGGUACGGGAGCUGGUGUGCGUGCUGCGGGAGGAACAUCCACUCCACAGACUGGGUCCGCCGGGCCAAGGGGAACGUGUACCACCUGGCCUGCUUCGCCUGCUUCUCCUGCAAGAGGCAGCUGUCCACCGGGGAGGAGUUCGCCCUGGUGGAGGAGAAGGUGCUCUGCAGGGUCCACUACGACUGCAUGCUGGACAACCUCAAGCGGGCCGUGGAGAAAGGGAGCAGUGUUAACAUGGAGGGGGCUGUGCCCACCGAGCAGGAGAUUAACCAGCCCAAACCCUCCAAGAGAGCUCGGACCAGCUUCACUGCCGACCAGCUGCAGGUGAUGCAGGGCCAGUUCGCUCAGGACAACAACCCAGACGCACAGACGCUCCAGAAGCUGGCGGAGCAGACCGGCCUCAGUCGAAGAGUCAUACAGGUCUGGUUCCAGAACUGCCGAGCUCGCCACAAGAAGCACGUGAGCCCCAACCACAGCUCCAGCACCCCCAUGACCUCGCUGCAGCCCAGCCGCCUAUCGCAGCCCACCCCGACGCCCGAGGAGCUGCAGUACACAGUCUACGGAGGCCCCGAGGGGUCAAUGCUCUCUGCACUACACUCCUUCAUAGACAUACACCCCCCUCCAUCCAUGUUUCAGCCGCUGCUGCCAGCCCAUGCCAUGACCUCCCUGCCUGUGUCGCACGCCUGAGCAGCUGACACACAAACACACACACACACAGACACACAGACGCACGGACACACAAACACACAGACACACAGACACUCCACCAGCAAUCAUUCGUCAUUAGCAGCUGCAGUAUUCAAACCUCCAUGGUAAAUAUUAUUUCAUUUUCAGGGUCAUGAAGCCCUCUUUUAUGGAACUACCAGCAGCUCAUCUCAUUUUUAUAUUAAAUGAAAACACUUCAGUCACUGCGGUGCAUCAUCAUGGAUGAGUGUACUCCACUGUUCUAAUGUAUAAUAUGGAGAUGGGAAGGUUUCAGUGUACCUCAUGGGACUAUGGCACAUGACAUUAUGGAUUCAUAUCUGUUUGUGUAGUCGAUGACAUAGUUUAACUGUGCUACUCAUAAGUGAAAGCCACUGGAUCACAAAUGUCAACUCAUUACCCAGAUGAACUUGAAAUUGUUUGUUUAGCAGUGUUUUAAAUAUUGCAAUUUAAUUUAUUUAUUGUAUGUGAAGUCUGUUUUGAGAAUAAAUGUCUAAUUUCACAAA